AUGCAUCCAGGACACUACAAAGAAAACGCUUCCGUCUUCGGCACCAAGAAAGAACCAUGGGAAGCGCCUGCGAAGGAUCCGUCGUCGGCUGAAACGUGGUCGUCAGAACGAGCUCACGUCAAGAGCGAAACAGUUUGGAAAGGCGCGGGAGGUAAAGAACCCGAGAAGAGCCAACUACUAAAGCAGCACAGCGACCUUUCUGAACCGGCAAGCACCGUCAGUUUCUGA